UUAUAUAAAUAGAUUAUUACAUAAACAAUAUUAUUCAUUUAAUUGGUAGCACUCUCAUCAAUGAUUACUAUAAUGAAUAUUGUACACAUGGAUGUUAUUACUUUUGUUUGGCAGUGUGCUACUCAUGUAUUGUGGUCUUUUUAAUUGAAUACUUGUCUAAAAUACGAAAUGUGUUGGCUUUUUUGCAUCAUGUGUGAACCGCAAAGUUAUUUUGAACAGAUAGAUCAGUACAUGUAAAUCUGAUGAUCAUUAUUGUGUUGAAGAAAUAGAUUGUUGAUUACCAUAGCAUUCAUUUUGGAUUAUUUUUGUUUUGUUUCUUGUAAAUUCUUAAAACCUUGAGUUUAUAGCAGAGGUCACCAAAGUGUGGCCCGAGGGCCGUUUUAGCUCAACAAAUCGUUUUUUAUUGGCCCUUGGCAUAUUGUAAAAAUGGAAUGAAUUUGUUAUUAAUGAAAUACAUUAUUAGAUCAUUAGAUUAGACAAAUUUUUCUUUGUCCCCUACAAGACAAAGCUAAGAUGUGGACGUUUUAUUCUAAUAUCUUAGCAUAUAUUGGCCUACAUUGGAUUAGCUGUAGUGUCUUUAAUGCACAAAAUCCUACAAUUUUUCUGUGUGCCACCCUUGCUGGAAAAGUUUGGACACCCCUGGUUUAUAAUGACAUUAUUAGGAAGCAAUAUGUUUAUAUAUUAAAAAUAUUGAUAUAUCGCCUCGCCCUAGAAAGCACUGUAGCCACUAGAGGUGGUCAAUUAUUACAAAUGUUGGUAUCGAUGUGAUACCAAGUAUAAGGCCAGUCUGCCAAAACAGAUAAUUUUUACGUGGACAUUUUUCAAGAUUUUGUAAUUUUUGCUUUCAAUUUGUUGAUCAUGGUUAUAAUUAAAACAUAAUAAUUUUUUCGGAGGAAAAAAAAAUCUGUCAAUACACUUGUUUGUGUAGAUAAAUACAACAAUAUAAGACCGUGUAACUAUCAACAAAGUAAUACAAUUAUUCCCUUUUAUUUCAAUUGUUUGAGCAAAAUAAAGUCAAAAAGUAAACAAAAGCAAAAACUACUACUGACUCGCAUUUAAUCCUUUGGCUUGUUGCCCCUAAAGCCCUCCUGUGUCCAAGGGCUUAUUUCCUGAGUCUGUGAACAGUAUAUACUGUAAACAUAUGCAUGUUGCAUGCAUGUUGCAUACUUUACAGCCAAAAACACACAGAUAUUUGUGAAAAUAAACAUUGAAGCAAACAAGAAAACUGACAAAUUUCAAUCUCAUUUUGGAUCAAUCUGCCCACCUCUAGGAGCAGCACUGACUUUGCCAGCGUUACCUUUCCGUGACAUAUCGGUUGCCUUUGAUCGUUUCUGUGAAGUGUAAAUCUGUGUUAUCCUUUGACUAACAGCCCUCCCUCUGAGCCCCUGCCUGACUUUGAGAUGAUGAUCUCAGUACAAUGAGGAAUGAGGAAGAGGGCAACUGGAAGGCUUGAAAUGUGUUUUCUCGCCGUCAGACUCUUUAAGAGUUUUGAGUCAGCUGAGAGAAUGCCGCUGAGAAACCCAAGAAUCUUGUUGAAGGGUUUUGGAUUGUAAGGCAGUGGUUCUGAGACUGGAGCACGAGAGACGCCAAAUAAGAGGGCAUUUCUCUAAAGACAGGAAUGCGAGUCAGAGAAGAGCAAAACAGUGGAUGAGGCUCAUGAAAAGAAGUUUGGAGCGGAUAGUGUUUCUGUGAGAAGGAGACAGACGGCUUGUUUGUGAAGUCUGAACAGUUCAGACAGCAUUCCUUGAAACUGGAGUGGUGUGUGGUUUUUAACUGUCAUUGGCUUAAAUUAGAGCUUUCUUUUGUAGAUUUUUUUUUUUUAACUGUUUUGAGGAAACAUUUUCGGACACAAUGAGCGGUGGAGCCUAAUAUUCCUAAGCGAUCGACGUAAAAGGAAGCGGCAUGUACUGUAAACAUGUGGCUCCAACAGAAGAGGAAAAUUGGGAGAGGAAAAAUGUGACUAUGAAGCAUACAUAACCAUGGACGAUCUGCUUACACGCUGAGCUUUGGAGCUCUGUGAAGGGAAAUCAACAUCCAAGCGAUGGGAAGCAAGGACAGGAAGAUUGUGGAUUAUUUCUCGCCUAUCAUGAAGCUGAAGAAGAUGGAGAGGCUGUGCAGGGAGGUGUGGAGGAGCUGUCAGCAGUUGGACCAGCUGGUGGUGGAUGCUGCCAAAGAGAAGAGGGACAUGGAGCAAAAACACUCCACCAUCCAGCAAAAGGCUGCUUUGCAGGACGUGACGGAGCUCCACGCUUUACCAGACUACCGAAACUUUUGCGCUUGGAGGUCAUCCUCCGACUUUUCAAAUGACGACACCAAGUUGGAAUACAAUGUGGACGCAGACAAUGGCAUCGCCAUGGAGGGUUAUCUUUUUAAGAGGGCCAGCAAUGCUUUCAAGACAUGGAACAGACGGUGGUUCUCCAUCCAAAACAAUCAGCUUGUUUACCAGAAGAAAUUCAAGGACAACCCCACAGUGGUGGUGGAAGACCUGAGGCUGUGCACGGUCAAACACUGUGAGGAUUUAGAGAGACGCUUCUGUUUCGAGGUGGUGUCACCUACCAAGAGCUGCAUGAUGCAAGCAGACUCUGAGAAGCUGCGACAGGCGUGGAUCAAAGCAGUCCAGAACAGCAUUGCCACCGCCUUCCGCGACAAGGGAGAGGACGCUGAGAAGCUGGACAGGAAGUCUUCCACAUCAACAGGGAGCUUGGACUCCGGUGGCGAGCCCAAGGAGAGAUCACUGAAAGGGGAGAGUGCGCUGCAGAAGGUCCUCACCAUCCCGGGCAACGCUUGUUGUUGUGACUGCGGCCAGCCAGAUCCUCGCUGGGCCAGCAUCAAUUUGGGCAUCACCCUUUGCAUCCAGUGCUCUGGAAUUCAUAGGAGUCUGGGAGUUCAUUUCUCAAAGGUCCGCUCCUUGACUUUGGAUUCAUGGGAGCCAGAGCUGCUUAAGUUGAUGUGUGAACUUGGAAAUGGCGUCAUUAACCAGAUCUACGAGGCUCGACGAGAGGAGCUGGGAGCUAGGAAACCGCAGCCAGGAGACCCAAGACAUGAAGUAGAGGCCUACAUAAAAGCCAAGUACGUGGAUCGCAGGUUUGUGCGCCGGCCAUCUGAUGAGGAGCUUCGGAGCAAGGUGGUGUCCCUCAGCAAACAGGAGAAGAGACUGAGCAGCAGCUCGGAGCAUCUGCCCCCAAGACCACCACCGCCCACGCCCAAACUACGACCUGGUUCCAACACCUCCGGACAGUCAGCUGUUGCCAGCGGCUUGGAGGCCCGCCGGGACUCUCUCUUCUGUCCUGACGAGCUUGACUCGCUCUUCUCCUACUUUGACAACUCCUCCAAGCUCAGGAGCAUCAAAAGUGCAGAUAGUGGCAUCCAGCAUAGUGCUGAUGGCAGCAGGGAGAUGCUGGCCACCACUCCCUCUAAUAGUAGUUUGGCAGAUGCAGAUGCUGCUGAGGCGUCGCCCAUGCCUAUGCCCGCCACCCUGCCUCCGCCAUCACCUUGCAAGGAGAUAGUGUUCUACGAGCCCAAGGAGUACAGUUCAGGUCUGCAGCUUUACUGGGCUUCGUGCGCUCGUAGCCUACCUGACAUGGCCGAGGCGUUGGCCCACGGAGCCGAGGUCAACUGGGUCAACACGGAAGACGACAAGAGGACGCCGCUCAUUAUGGCCGUACGGGGGGGUUCUCUGGUCACCUGUGAGUUUCUACUCCAAAAUGCGGCGAAUGUAAACCAGCAGGAUGCUCAAGGUCGAGGACCCCUGCACCACGCCACCAUGCUGGGUCACACAGGGCAAGUGUGUUUAUUCUUGAAAAGAGGAGCCAAUCAAAAUGCUGCAGACAUUGAAGAGAAAACGCCGCUGGCCAUUGCAGUGGAAGCAGCCAAUGCUGAUAUUGUCACAUUGCUGCGACUUGCCAAGAUGAACGAGGAGAUGAGAGAGGCGGAGGGGCCCUACAGCCAGUCAGGAGACGAAACGUACCAGGACAUCUUCCAGGACUUCACGCACAUGGCCUCCAAUGAUCCAGACAAGCUGAAUCGCUACAAGCACUACGACCCUCAGAAACCCUGAUGCAGCACCACCUCGCAACAGACUACGCCUCAAGUGAAGGACCACUGAUGGAAGAUGAUGAUUAGUGUGCGGGGCCUCGGUCGAGAACGUGAACGGUACAGACUUUAAUCAGCCCUCAAGGCCGACUGGACCUUUUUAUUCAAAUACUUUAUUAUUUUGCACAAAUCUAUUUGUCUUAAAUGACCACCAGUGUUUACCAAAAGGUAAGACAUAUACAGUAUGUGUGUGUCCUGUGACGUCUUCAAUCCAUUGAGUAUUUUUGUGCACAGUUGAAGCUGUUGGACAUGUUGCCCGGUGAGGCAGUCGCCCCUCCGCGCCGCCAUGUUUAUAAAGACGGGGGAUGAAAAUAGAGAUUGUCUUCUGUCGGACUUGUAAAGAACGUCCACGCAGCUGCUCGUCCUCUUUAGUUUGUAGUCAGAUCCUAACUAUUUAACACGUAAGAUGAAUGUGAAACCAAAGUCUUUGAUCAUAAAUUGAACGGAAGUUUCUCCUAUUUAUAAAAUGUCAUUUAUUGUCCACACAUUUGAUUAUUUUUUUUUUAUUCACCCUAUCUUUUUACUGAAAGUUUCUUAUUAGAAUGUUUGUCCGUUUUUAUGUUGUUUUCCACAUUUUAAUGCUCAAGUCAAUUCUGGAGUCCACUGGAAAAAAAACAAAUUAGAUUCAAACUGCACAGUAAUGGCAAUUUAGGUAAUUCAAAAAAAAAAAAGACAAAAAAUCUCCCUUAGUUUCAUCUUUUGCAACCCUAUUGUAUGUUUUUCUUUUCAACCUUAUUUCACUUCAUGUAGAAUGAGGGAGGGGUACAGCACAAACAAGUUGGGAUAAAAAUGUACUUUUGUGUGUUUGAAUAGUUCAUUGUGACGUACGUGGUACUUGAAUCAUGCUGGUGUAUAUUCUCUGUACUCAUGUAGUCCUUUUUAUAUUGUAUGUACUGUACAUUAUUAGUAUUAUUAUUAUUAUCAUCAAUACACACCAACUGAUGAGUCCAUUGUUAUUCUUUGUCUUUACAUUUUGGUGUGUGUGUUUGUGUGUGUGUGUGUGUGUGUGUGUGUGUGUGUGUGUGUGUGUGUGUGUGUGUGUGUGAGCAACCACCACCAGUAUUUUCCAAAGGACUGCAAUCAGAAGAAGCUGAGUUACGAUGCCAUCUACUGUACGGAGUUGGAAGGACAAGCUACAUUCAGUCCCAUUAUAAUGUCUUUCUGAGCCACCGUCGGCAGGUAGAGCCAUAUUUGUUUGUGACGGGCAGCUACAAAUGAAUAAAUGUAUGGGUAACACCAAACAACUUUUAUUCUCCGUGGUUGGGAUCGGGCGUUUAUAAAAACGUCUAACUACGUCCUUGGUAUUGAAUGAGUUAAUAUGUGCGCAUUUCAAAACAUUUUUAUAGUAUGUUAUGUAUAUUUACCGGAUAAUUCGGAUCAAAGCAUAACCUAUUGUGCUUGCAGAAUUUUAGGGCGCACUCACUGUGAUGGUUUGUGUUUCUUGUCCAUUGCUUCUCUUCUGUUGUUUUACUGCAGUGUCACUGACUCAUAAUUACCCUUUUAACAGCAAAGAACAUGUAGCCAGGAGCAGUUGUGGACAUCUGGAGGACUUAGCUAGUUUAACGAGCACACUCACUUUUAGUAUUAACUGUGUUUCUCCACUAGGUGCCUUUUAAACUCAAGUAAUAAAACAUUUCAUCUUAUUAGCAACUGUAGGACCGUUUAUGUCAGUGGUUGGGGCCCCCUAGUGGCCGUGGGGCCCUAAGCAGCUGCUUAGGCGAGUACAUCGGGAAGAAAGGCCUACCUAUGCAUACAGCAUUCUAUCUGUGGCUGUGACCUGUGCUGGUCGGCCAGCUGUAUUUGGGAUUACUAAGGGUAACAGGUACGUCUUGACCACUGUAUAACAUGGCUUUGAGUGUCAU